GGGGGCGUGAAAAAAGUGAGGGAAAAACGUGGCGUUUUAUGCGUCUUUUAUAAGGCAAUAUAUGGUGAGGCACGGGAAGAGGUUGAACGGGUUUUGUCUCAGGCCCACUGUGGUGAGCCCUUUUCUAGAGACGGUUUCUCCACCUUCACCAAGGGAUCAUCCACAGCUGAGAAAAGGAACAACACCGUCAUUCCCCAGCAACUUCAAAAAAGCAACAACGGCAGCAGGGGUAUUAUUGCUGCUGAUGGUAAGAGUAGUAGCGUAAAGAAUGGAAGUGGUACAGCGAGAAUAGGGGCGGUUUCCAAUUUGGGUGCCAACUGCAUGUACGCUGAAAUUAUGGGAUUGAUUUCCUCACAAUUUCGACCUCAUGUGGGUUACGAUGGCGUCGUGGAGUGUCAUUUAAGUCACAUCACUGGGUUUACUGGUCGCUACGUUUGUUCUCCGGUCCAGGAGGGAAAGUUGGUGGGGCUGUUUGGUGUGCCACUACGUGCAACGAUGUGGUUGCCCUUUCAAAUUCUUGCUGUGCUGCUUUCGUGUGCGCGUCGACUUGUUCCUGAUGAGAAGUUAGAAGCAUUAAUAUUACGUAAUGCCGCGUCUUGGCCGUCACUUUUUCUUGACACGGCGCAGAGCGAACGUCUCUUUUGCACAACUUUUUUACGGCGUUACUUGGGUCUUUGUAUAUUUGAGGAGAAUGAUUUGGAUGAGCGGGCGGCGGUGCCAGGCACGUUAUAUCUUGUGGAACACACAAGACAAAUUCGAGUCGAUUGUUUUGAGGCGUCGUUGUCGCUUUUGCAGACGCCAUUGCCGCCGAGCUUGACGACAUUUUCAAAAAUAAUUGCAUCCCACAAGGCUGCCACCAUCUCGAGAGCGGAAUCAACCAUGUGGGGGAUUGUGCUACAGCAACUUCCGCGGCUGGACGCAGUGCAGGCAGGAGAUUUUGACAAGGCUUUUCUUCAGGCCGUUAUGCGGUCUGCCAAUGAAAUUGCUUGCUAG